AUGCUGAAGCCCGCGUCAGGACAUUUGCAUGAUGAGCGACUUGGAUCAUCGCCCCCAUCAAUGCCACCGCGUGGAUCAAAAAAUGUACAAAGCGCACCGAAGCGUACUCGAGCCGGGCAACUAAAAGAGGAAACAUCGAGCUCGGGCAUCAUGAGCAGUGACUCUGAGUGGUACGCCACAUCAUCAAGCGAUAGCGAUGAGAAUGUUAGCUCGAAAAAAAGCCGGCACAAACGACAUUCACGCAGCUUCUGGGGCCGAAGGCACGUUACAGGAACGCCAAAAAGGACCAAAGCCGCUUGGGUUUAUCGCAGUCCUCAUCGCACGCCCAGACAUCGACUGCGCUCAUCAUCAAAGUACCCAGCUCCACCGCCCUUACCACCGCAUGUUCAUCCAUUUUGGAGACAAAAUCCUGCUGCUACCCAUGAAAAGCGUCCUGUGUAUCCUGUAUUUUUACGAUCGCCACGCUCACGACGUCUACGGCGAUUCGAACGCAGCCCAAAUAUGAAUCAAAAAAUCACCAUGUCACCCCUGCAUGAUGACUGCACACCACGGCAUUUGCACGCUCCUGCGCCGAAUUUGGAUAAAGACGAAUUUGCUUGGUUCGACUCAUCUGACUCAGAAUUGUCGUCAGUUCCCGACGAAAGUUCGUCGUUUCCCGAUUUGGACGAUACACCGACGCACAUCCCAGCUCAACAUAUACCUCAGUCCAACCAAAACCUACCGGAACAGCUGUCCCAAAAACCGACUUCGUAUCAUGGUUUAAAACCUGCAAAAAUCAAGACCCCCCAACCAAAGGCGUCUGAGUCAGCCCACAAUGAAGUUCAAGCUCUAGACCUUGGACGCCUUGAUUUACUGGACCAUGUGAUUUCACCCGAAAAGCUCGUGAGGCAAGAGCGAAUCGGCGCUGGUGCUUUCAAAGAUGUGUACCGGGGCCUUUACCAUGUAUCACGCAUGCGCGUCUUGCCUGUCGCUAUUUGUGAUCUACGCGAUGAGCUCACUGAAAUGGACAUUAAGGAGCUCAAGUUUUUGCGAGAUUUGCGACACGAGAAUAUUGUGCAGUUUAUUGGCAUUGGCAUACCGACAAAUCUCAGGCUAGGUCCGCCCUGCGUGAUUGUGAGUGAGCUAUGCGAGAACGGAGACUUGUUUGAUUUUAUCCGUAAUACCCCACCACCUCCGGAUGUAAACAUUUUCCGCAUCCUUCUACAGAUUGCUCGAGGUCUUGAAUACUUGCACACGCACAAACCAAUGAUUGUUCACCGCGAUUGCAAGUCAACGAAUGUGCUGAUCAAUGCACAGGGCAUUGCAAAAAUCAGCGAUUUUGGUCUAGCAAGAGUUAAGCGCUCUAAGUAUGCCAUGAUUCGCUCGCUUGUCGGCACUGUUAAUUGGCAAGCAGUCGAGCUAUGGUCUCCAAAGCCACAAUAUAACGAAAAGGUGGAUGUUUGGAGUGCAGCUAUGACAUUUUGGGAGGCACUACAGUGGCAUCAAACAGAGAAGAGAUACCCAUUCCAGGGCUUGAAUGAGCACCAAAUUUACAUGAACGUGCGGCAAAAGCAUCUAAGACCAUUUACGGGGAGCAUACGCCGUCGUUAUGGCGACGAUAUUGUGCAUCUUAUCGAUCAAAUGUGGCAACAAAACCCAAGAGACAGACCUAGCAUGUCUGAAGUUUGUGCUGAGAUCGAGGUGCUGAUUGCACGUAGGGAAAAUUCUGUAUCUCCGUCGUGA